AUGAGCACUGCUGAAGCAACCCAAGGUACAGUAUCUGCCUUUGAUGAAGGCACGAACACUGUCUGUAUCGGAACUACAGAGUCGGGUGCCACUCUGUACGUAGGCAAUGCAAGCAAGAAAUGGGCUAUUGGUGAUGUUCCUCAUACGUUAAAAGAAAAUCCGGCAUUUUCUUUAUCGUAUAAAAAAGGUUAUGUCAUUGCACUCGUUACGGAUGCGGCACUUCGCCAUUUUGAAAACAAGCAUCAGCAUGACCCAGUGGCAUUGAAUUGUUUCUACAUGCACAAGACCAGCCUUGGCCCAUUUGUUGUGUCCAUCAAGAACUUAAAGACGAGCAAGAAAGGCUAUUGUCUGGUGCAAGCCAGCCUUUUGCAGGCCGAAGGUGCGCCGCUUUUGACCAGGGCAGAUCAAUUCCAACCUGACAGAUACAAGGAAAAGGUCCACGUCGUUUUCACAAUGGGCAAUUUGGAUAGCGAAGAGGGCAUCAACUUCAUGCACGAGCCAUACCAAGCGCCUAAUCGAGCCGCCAUGACACCUUUCAAACAUAUUUAUAUGGGUGAAUAUUUAGAAUGUCUCGCAGAUCGAUCAACUUUCGGCAAGGAUCAUUUGUCUAUGGGCAAACCAGAGUUCCAUCAGUCACUUCAAUUUAAGGACGGUCGAGAUAUCGAUUUCAAAAGUAUACCCUAUUUCUGCGACCUGUUCGUAACACCACCCAUGCUUCUCGGCUGGGAUUAUCUUGGAGGACCUGUUUGGUGUCCAACGAUGCAGCUGGAAGUACUAUUUAAACGACGACCCUCGGGUAAAGAAAUUUUAAGCAGCAUUGUUGCUCCACACAUCAUCAACGGACGCUUUGAUUGCAGCGGUGGUAUCUGGGAUCCCCAAGGCAAUUUGAUUGCACUGACAAGACAUCAAUGUCUUGUGGUGCCAUGGUCACGCAAUUCCAAGGGUGAAAAGCCCCGUCCACGCUUUUAG